AUGGCCGACAACCGAGGAAGAGGCGCGCCAGAGAGCGCAGAGAGCAGAGAAAAUGGCAACAGCACCGGCAACGGCUACGGCUACGGCUACGGCCACGGCCACGAUCCUCAGGAUGGCCGCGGGAGCACGCCCCAGACGCCCAGGCUGUACAGGCUGAACUCGAACCAGAGCUCCACCAGCAUCUUCGAGGACGUGGAGAUGGCACACGAUGAGCUUUACUCGGGCCCCAUGGCCGAAUCACUCCCGACCAGUGUGAAUGCAUUCGCCCACCGCCGCCGGAGCCGUGCCGACUCCACCACCAGCUUCGCUUUCUACCCCGACUCCCCAGAGGACGAGACCAGGGGAGACGACAUACUAGACGAUAUGAGGAUCGAGGACCUAGACGACGUCCCCUUCGCAGUGGAUAUAGGAGAUGAGGAGGACGAAGAAAUCGAGGAAGGAGGCGAGACGAAUGGGGUGCUCCUGCCGAACGGCGGCGAGUUUGAGAGCGACGAACCUGGGGAGGAUGAAGAGUCCUCGAUGCUCCGGCGAUCCUCCACACACUCCCGCCACUCGGUGCACUCCCGGCUCCUGCGCCGCGACAGCAACAUGACCGAGACGAGCGCAUACGGCGGCGGCAGGUUCUCCCAGAAGGUGUACAUGGCGAACGAGGACCUCGUCGUCGUGCUCGCCGGAUUCCGGACCAGCGUCGUGGGCCUGUCCGCGUAUAUCUUCAUCUGCGUGGCGUCCCUCGGGCUCGGCUGGCUGCUGUUCCGGUGGAUGCCGCGGUGGCACGUCUGGCUGACCGGCAAGCAGGCGCCGCUCCGCGAGGCGUCGUGGCUCGUCGUCGAGAACCAGUGGAACGAGAUGGCGAUCCUGACCGUCGACGUGAAGCCGUACGGCAGGGUCUUGUCGACCGUCUUCGGGGCGCCCACAAAGAAGGGCUCCUCAGCCUACCUUUUCGAAUUCGACGACGACCCGAUCUUGCAGGAGUUGAGGGUGGUCAACUACCGCUAUGUGCGCUUUUACUUCCACCCGCUCUGGGACAAGUUCCGGCUUGUCAGCGGCUGGAAGGAUCCGCUUUGGUCGGAUGUGAGGUCCGUGAGAGAUGGGAUUGACAGCGACGAGAAGAAUCACCGUGAGCUGGUGUUUGGGUCAAACCUGAUUGACAUUGAGCAAAAGUCCGUCUUCCGUCUUCUGGUCGAUGAGGUCUUCCACCCUUUCUACGUCUUCCAGAUCGCAAGUCUGGUGCUCUGGUCGAUGGACCAAUACUACUAUUAUGCGGUGGCCAUUUUCGCCAUGUCGGUGGUGAGCAUCGCCACCACGCUCUUCGAAACCAUCUCGACUAUGAAGCGACUACGCGAGAUCUCUCGCUUCGAGUGCGAAGUUCGAGUCCUCAGAGAUGGAUUUUGGCAGCACAUAUCCUCGGGGGAACUUGUGCCUGGCGACAUCUACGAGAUCACGGACCCGAACCUAACCCAGUUCCCAAGUGACAGUCUCCUGCUCAGCGGAGACUGCAUCGUCAACGAAAGCAUGCUGACCGGGGAGUCGGUCCCCGUCUCGAAAGUCCCAGCAACGGACAACACUCUGUGGGAGAUGGGUCUCAGCGCUUCAGCGGUCACACCUGAUGUCGCGAAGCAUUUCCUCUUUUGUGGCACCAAAAUCAUCCGCGCCCGACGACCUCAAGAUGACCGGAACCAAGAGGCAGUUGCCUUGGCCAUGGUCGUCAGAACCGGCUUUGACACCACGAAGGGGGCUCUGGUGCGGUCCAUGUUAUUCCCAAAACCGUCCGGGUUCAAGUUCUACCGCGACUCAUUCCGAUACAUAUCCGUCAUGGCUUGCGUAGCUAUGCUGGGCUUCGUCGCUACUUUCGUCAACUUCAUCCGCCUGGGUAUCGCUUGGCACCUCAUUAUUGUCCGGGCACUGGACCUGAUCACGAUCGUCGUGCCCCCUGCGUUGCCGGCAACGCUGACUAUCGGCAUAAACUUUGCGAUAAACCGGCUCAAGGGGAAGCAGAUUUUCUGCAUCAGCCCCCAAAGGGUCAACGUGGGCGGAAAGAUAGACAUCAUGUGCUUUGAUAAGACCGGUACGCUCACAGAGGACGGCUUGGAUAUCCUCGGUGUGCGGAUCGUGAACAAAUCAGCACAUAGGUUUGAGGACCUUCUCACAGAUCCGGCUGCGAUAGCCAAGAAGCACAGCGCGUCAGCCAAUGACGCCCAACCCUAUGUGGCCAGCAAGGCGGCGCUAUUCACCAUGGCAACCUGCCACUCUCUGAGGUCCAUCGAGGACGAGCUUGUUGGAGAUCCACUGGACGUCAAGAUGUUUGAAUUUACAAACUGGUCCUAUGAAGAGGGGCAGCAGGGUAGCGGGGGCGACGAUGAGGAAGAGAACCGAGGUCUCUCGCCCUCUAUCGCGCGGCCGCCGCCAGAGAUGCGCCUUGACCUCCACAACAGCAACGCUACUGGCCAGCAGGUGCCACUUGAGCUGGGCGUGCUGAAACUAUUUGAAUUUGUAUCCCAACUUCGCAGAAUGAGCGUCAUUGUCCGCACAUUUGGCCAGGCGAGUGGCGACAUCUACGUCAAGGGCGCGCCCGAGUGUAUGCGGGAAAUCUGCCGACCAGAGAGCUUCCCCUCGGACUACGAGGAACAACUCUCAUACUACACCCACAAGGGCUACAGAGUUAUCGCGUGUGCUACGAAACACUUGAAGAAGCUGAGCUGGGUAAAGGCACAGAAGAUGACCCGGGCGGAUGUGGAGUCUGACCUCGAUUUCGUUGGGUUCAUCAUCUUUGAAAACAAGCUGAAGCCCACGACCGCAGCCGUUCUGGACGAGCUGCUGCAGUCCAACAUUGGCUGUGUGAUGUGCACGGGAGAUAACAUCCUGACUGCGAUCAGCGUCGCAAGAGAAUGCAACAUGAUUAACAGGACGGCACACUGUUUCGUGCCUCGAUUCGUGGAAGGGCACUCGAGAGAUCCCGAAGCGAAGCUACAAUGGGAAAGCAUCGAUAACAACCUCCUCACGUUGGACGAGAAGACCUUGGUGCCGCUCCCUCCCCCAGCCGAAGUGGACGCGUCACUCCCUUACGAUAUCUCGGACCUCCGGAACUACUCCAUCGCCGUCAGCGGCGAUGUCUUCCGCUGGGUCGUUGAUUUUGCCCCGGCAGAGGUGCUGCAGAGGAUGCUUGCAACGGGCAAGAUCUACGCGCGCAUGUCCCCAGAUGAGAAGCAUGAGCUUGUCGAGAAGCUCCAGAGUAUCGACUAUUGCGCAGGUUUCUGCGGAGACGGAGCCAAUGACUGCGGUGCGCUCAAGGCCGCGGAUGUUGGGAUAUCGCUCUCCGAGGCGGAGGCUUCGGUGGCAGCACCGUUCACGAGCAGGAUCUUCGACAUCGGCUGCGUGCCCGAUGUCAUCCGUGAGGGCAGGGCGGCGCUCGUUACGAGCUUCAGCUGCUUCAAGUACAUGAGCCUGUACUCUGCAAUCCAGUUCACCUCGGUGUCGUUCCUCUACGCGUCGGCAUCCAACCUGGGCGACUUCCAGUUCCUGUUCAUCGACCUCGCGCUCAUCCUGCCCAUCGCGGUGUUCAUGUCGUGGGCCGGCCCGUCACCAGAGCUAUGCAGGAAGAGGCCGACGGCGGACCUGGUGUCGCGCAAGGUGCUGACGCCGCUGCUGGGGCAGAUCUGCGUGUGCAUCGUCAUCCAGGCCGCGGCGUUCGUGGUGGUCAGGAGGCAGCCGUGGUUCAUACCGCCGAGGGUGGACACGGAGAAGUCCAACAUCAAGAACUCGGAGAACACGGCGCUCUUCCUGGUCAGCUGCUUCGAGUACAUCCUGGCCGGGGUGGUGCUGAACGCGGGCCCGCCGUUCAGGAUCGGCGUCUGGAAGAACUGGCCGUUUGUCGCGACCAUCGGCGUCGCGCUGGCGAUCACCGUGUACAUGGUGAUGGGCCCGGCGCAGUGGGCGAAGAAGGCGAUGCAGCUCACCAAGAUGAGCUGGGACUUCAAGUUGUUCUUGAUCACGCUGGGGCUGGUGUACCUGGGCCUGGCGUGGACCAGCGAGUAUCACGUCUUCCAGAGGCUUGCUGCUGUGGUUGGGAAGGUGAAGACGGCAGUGACGGGGAGCAAGAAGAAGAGGAAGCAGUACAAGGUCAUCCGGGAAGAGAUGAUGGAAUUGAUGUGA